CUUUGUGGCAUAUGUGGAAUACUGUGUGCCAAAAAAAAAUCUGGACUUGUUAUGAUACUUUUUUCUGCCUGUUGCAUCUGUGGACUAAUCGGAGGAAUCUUGAAUUUUCAAUUUCUUCGUGCUCUGACAAAGAAGUCGUCUGCUCUCUAUUCUUUGCAUCUUGCCUCCAUGUCUCUUGCAUGCAUCGGAAUUGGUGGUUGCACCCUUUCUUCAUGGCUCACUUGUCGGCUAGCCAGCUAUGAACAAAGGCGAAUGUUCUCAGAAAGAGAACAUUCAUUGCAUCACUCCCAUGAAAUGGCAGAAAAAAGAUUGAGGGGUAUUGAAAUAACCGACCUGCCCAGCUGCCCGGUGGUCCCCCCGACACCAGAGUUACCUCCAAGGAAAUGACAGACAACCUAAGCAAUGGUGGCCCACAUCUGAUUUAUAAUGGAAGUGUAUAUUAAGAGAUUUUUAAAAGUUCCAUGGAAAGAAGUGGUUUUAGAAUUUUCUUCAAGAAAAAAAUACACUCCAAGAAACUGAGAAAAUGGAAUUAUCUUAACUUUUAUGGCUAUAAUGUCACAACUGCUGAACAGCACAGUUGCAUUUCCCUUUUAGAAACAUGUUCAAAAUGUGUCUCCUAAACAUUUUGGGAUAUACAAUAUUUAUUCACUUCCUGGCUACUCUCUUUUUUUUUCUUUUGUCUGAGUAACUUUUCAGAAUGGUGAUAGUAUUUGAAAUAGACUUCUCAAGACUCUUCUUCUCAUGAAGACUCAAAAACCAGAAAAAAUAAUUAAACUGGACAACAUUUAGCCCAGUCACCAGAUUCCUAUAGAGAAGAGAAGACAGCAGAGGAAGGAUGGCUCAGGGGAAUCUUCUUCUUCUCCCCACUUAGCAGCAUCUGGUGUAACAUGAUGGCUUCAGACCAUGUGGCAUGGUACCAGCAAUGCAUCUCCACAAUGCCCCUCCCCACACUGCAAAUGCAUCCUGCCUCAGUUUUCCCAGUAGAUCAUAUCAAAAGAAAGUGCAUAUUACUCUUCCAAAAGGCUCUCAUUUCAUAUUCAGAGUGUAAAUGAGCAGUGUGCUGAAAACAACACCAAUGUCUUUGUUUUGAAAGACAGAAUGCUCUAAGAAUGCCAUAAAACAAAACCUCAACAAUGCCUUGUUGUAAAGAAAUUGUAAAUAUUUCCAAUUUGUGAAUGAAGUAUAUUUCGUAACUUGUUCAUAAAAGAUGACAAAUAAAACGAAAUCUAAACCA